GGGCCGUCGAAGCGGGCCACACCUGGACUGGCCCGGUCAACCAAGCCCGCGUCCAUCAUGGGCCUGGGCCGCCGAAUCGUAACCGUCGCGAAUGGCCACCGCUACAUCGGCGGCCAGGCCCUAGCCGCGGCGGCCGGCGACGAAGGGGCGCCGGCCAGGUAGACGGAGGGGGGCUUCCGGCUCGAGGAAGAGGAAGCUGGCGGCGGGAGACACCCCGGAGCGGAUGAAGACGAAGGGGGCGUCGGUGACCGCGUCAGCCAGCUCCCCGACGGCGUCCUGGGCGAGAUCGUCGCCCGCCUCCUCUCACCAAGGAGGAACUCGUCAUCGAGAAUGCCCCUUUUCUCGAAAGGCUGUUCCGUGUCGAUCUAUCCGAUGGCCUGCGAGUAUCGGUGAUCUUGGCGCCUAAGCGGGAGACCUUGUGCUUCCUUGAUGAUCUUGAUGAUGAUAGUUUCAGUUUCCUUGAUGAUCUUGAUGAUGAUAGUUUCAGUUUCGACAGGAUUAGUUCCUUGUACUUCCAGAGUUCCAGUUCUAACCUGGAUUGCUUUCUGCAAAGAAAUGCCAUAUCGACUGCAUUUGUGGAUGGCGUAAUGUUGUGUUUCAUUCUUGAUAAAGGAUGCGUGUGUUAAUAGCCUGGCGACGAUGGUCUCGUGGAACCUCUGAACAUUUAAACAUGUUAUGUGUGUCGUCAGUUUUCUCUUUUCUGACAUAAUAUGUGGAAUAUGUGCAAUUUCUGAAGAAUUUCACUGAUAAUUUCAACUCUUUAAUUCUCCAAAUUUUGUGAUUUGUAUGCCUUUGAUUGAUUGUUAUUGUGGUUUCGUAGCUUUUGGCCAGUAAGUUCAUGUCAGAUCCAGAUGUACUGAUUAACUUUUCUUCUUUUUAUGUGAAGAACUAGACUGAUAUCUGAUUGGAGAAAAAUUGGAGUAUGGUAUGACUUCACUCUUUCUGUGGGGAGAAAAUUACGAGACCAUCCAUACUCGCAGGCUUUGGCAACAGUCUCCAACACGACAACUACGUAUUCAGUUUUGGGGUGGAAGAGAGGGCUCUGUGGCCUGGGGCGUGGAAGGGAAAAGCUUCGGAGACUGUAGCAACGAAGAUGGCUCCGGGCGUACAGAUAUUCUGGCUACCUCACUGGAAUAGAGGUACAUGUUCGGAGAUCAAUGACUGUUUGCUUUGUUGGUGCUUUACCUACUGGGUACAUAUGUAGAGAAUCACUGGGGCACAUCCGGAUUUCCAAACAUCAUCAUUACUGCAAGCUUUGGUGAAAAGAAAAGGGACCCAUCCAGUAUGCAGAAAACACGCAAGGAAUUGUGCCUUCUCCGGUUUGAAAAGGAAGGGUUGAUUCUCAUACCAAACCGACAAGGCUACCUGCAGACAAUAUCUAUCUUCCUGCAUAGUAUGGCGCAACCUCUGCUCUGAUCUGCAGUACUUGAAGCUUAUAUCACAACAGUCAAAUAGCUGAAAUCAAAUUUCUAACUAUCAAGCUGCUCCUGUCUGCUGUCAAGGCAGCGUUGACGCUACUUAAUCCGAUGGGUUUGACUGAUUCAUCAGCCGCUGCAUCUCUUUCUUGAUCUUGAUAGUGAAUUUCAUCAUGACUUCUACUCUUACAUGGUCUAUCGCAGGCGGAAGUGUUGACGGUAGCAGAGAGGAGAUAUUCCGAAUUCUUCAGGGGUUGACAGAUUAUAAGGUCAUCUAUUUUCAUGGUUGGGAUGGACUGGGGGCGUCUGUUGUCCUUAGAUCCAUAGCAGAAGUGCUCCCAUAUAGGAGAACCACUCCAGAACUAUGCUUUGAUAAGAUAAUCCAUAUAGAUUGUUCUGAUUGGAAAAAUAGAAGAGGAUUGCAGAGGGCAAUCGCAGAGGAACUGGAGCUGGAAAGCUCAAUAAUGGCUGUUAUGGAUAAGCAGGAUGAAGAGGAUGAUUUUGAUGGAGUUGAUGAAAGCUCUAGGAAUGAGAUAACAAGUGUGUCAAGAGAGAUCCACAAUAUUCUGAAAUACAGCAGAUUUGUGUUGAUUUUUCAUAAUGGUAGUGACAACGAGAUUGUUGACCUAGUCAACUUUGGUGUUCCUCCGAUUACAAGUUUUGGUGACAAUGUGAUGAUAUGGACCUACAGAAGGAGGAUGUUGACAAUCAAAGAAUGCAAACCAUAUGAAACACUACACGAACUGAGGUACACUCAUCUUUUGGUUUAUGAUAGGAUGAAGUAUCUAGCAGCUGGACAGUUGUAUGCACUACUGUGUAAAGAGGCUGACAUCAUAGUUGCUUGCAAUCCAUGCAUCCAGGGAGUCGAUCAAACAAUGGCUGUCAAUUGUUGCUUGUACAAAUUAUUCCUGCAAUGUAGUGUUUCCAAGAAUAAUUCUAAUUGGGUUGAUAUUGCUUCCAAUUAUUGGAUAUGUGAUGGAAUACUAGCAAAAGAUAUAACAUUGGACACAAGUGCUGCAUUGCACCGAGAAAUAACCUGGAAGUGUGAUGAUAAUGUGCUCACAAUGUUCAAGCAACAUUUCAAGCUUCCUUUCCUCACAGUGAAAGAAGAUGAUGUGUAUGAAGAAGGACCAUACCGUUGGAUUUCAGUCACAUCGAAGGAUAGAGAAAUGCUUGGUAUGAAAACUUUACCUGCUGAGACAUCAUCAUUCUUCUUGGAGUUUGUAAUGUCCGAUCAGCCAACAAUGUUACCAAAUGGUUUGUUUGAACAUUCCAGCAACCUUGGUGCACUGACUCUCCGUUGUUGUGCCUUCAGUUUUGCAUCACCUCCUUUCCUAAAAUGCCAUAAUCUAAGAUUCCUUGGACUAGACCACUGUACAGAUGACAAAACAGGGGAAGGAGAGGAUCAUACUGAGUGGGUUUGUCUGCAUAGUUUGUGGGUAUUGGACCUACGUUACACCCAUUGGAAUGAAAUCUUAUCACCGGCAAAGAUGGAUCUCAUGGAUAACCUCAUGGAGCUAAGCAUAGAGGGGGUCUGGUGUUGGCAGUACACAACUUGCUUACAAGGCCGACUACUGAAUCUUCAAAGGCUCAGGGUAAUCAAGCCUACACGUGGACCAGAUAUUUCAACAGAUGCAAGCAACUCGUUAAUGGACAAGGCAAAGCUGGAAAUACUUGACCUGUCAGGCAACAAUGAGAUGGAAAUUCUACCAAACAGCCUGUCUAAGGCAAGUAGCCUUCAAGUGCUUAUUUUGGAUGGAUGCAAUGAUCUUAAAAAUGUCCUUGUGCCUGAUGGGCUACCCCAGUCGCUGAAGUCCUUUAGCUUUGAUGGAUGUGGGCCAGCUUUCCGCCGGGCACCAAUUGUUGAGCUACCUCCCAAACAAGAACGCCCGUCAACCCCAGCAACUAAGGAGGGGGCUAGUGUCUCUAAUAUUUCCCUCAAAGGUUGCUCACAGUUGGCACAUAUGUUCGUUCGUGGGUUGCCCAACCUUGUUGAGCUUGACCUCUCUGGAACUGCAAUUAGGACACUUGAUUUCAGUACUAUGGUGUUAGAAGUUCCAAUGCUGAAGCGAUUAUUUCUGCUAGGAUGUGAGCACCUUCGCGCAAUAAUUUAGGGCAGGAAUACUGAUAGCUUCCGUUUGAAAUUGUUAUGCAUAGAUACGCGAGCUGGAACUAGCUUUCAUCGGCCGUGCAUUAACCAGAACGAAGCCAUUUGGCUGGAGGUGCAUGCCAUUGUUGUGGAUGCGAGGCUUGCUCGGUCGUUGUGGAAACUAUUAUAUAAUCGUUAUGCAGCUGAUGAGAAUGUUUAUCUUAAUAUCCAUGUCACCUCAGCUGUGUAUAGUGAGCUGAAUCAAUCCAAAGUGACAGACAAGGAGAAGAAGAUUGGCAUGUAUGGAGAUCAAGUUAGCCUGCCGCAGCUUGUUCAAGCAGACCGGUACAGUGAUGUCCAAAGCAUGGUUGGUGAUGCCCCGAUGCAGGACUUCCCUAAGCCUCCCACUAACAACUUAGAUCGGCAUAUUGAGAUUGCUGAAGGGAGGCACGCCUUGGACAGUGGACUGGGAGAUGUUAUGACAAGGUUUGCCGAAUCCCUGCAUGUCCACGAUUUCUUAACUAGUGCUUGUUUGCCUAAUGGAUACAGCUGGCUGGUUCUCAAGCAGUGCCGGAUGGAGAGGUGCCCCAAGUUAGGUGAAGUCUUCCCCUUGGAAACAUAUGAAUUGAAGGAGCUGGAGACCUUCUGGGCGUCCGAUCUCCUAAUGGCCUGCUGGAUAUGCAGUAAAGGUGCUUACUGCAACUUCAAUGAUGGUUCGUUCAGAAAGCUGCAGCAUCUACGGUUGCGCUCUUGCCCCAGGCUCCAGUUCGUGCUCCCUGUGUGGGUUGACUCCUUCCCAAGUUUGGAGACCCUCCACAUCAUCCGCUGCGGAGACCUGAGGCAUGUAUUCGUGCAAAACGACAAAUGGUACCCAGAAGAAAUAUCCAUCCAAGUUGUAGCAUUCCCGAAGUUGACCACCAUCCACCUGCACGACCUGCCAGUGCUGCAGCAGAUCUGCGAGGUCAAGAUGGUGGCACCGAACCUCAAGACCAUCAAGAUCAGAGGAUGUUGGGGCCUGCGCCGGCUGCCGGUGGUGGGGCCCCGUAGCAGAGACAUGAAGAAGCCGACCGUCGAGAUCGAGAAAGACGUCUGGGACGCUCUGGAGUGGGACGGGGGUGCGGCCCCUGGCCACUUCGAGGCGCCCGUGCACUCGCGCUACUACAAGAAGAAACUACCCAGGGUGUCCGUGCUCAGGUACUCUUUCCUACAUGUAACAAAUCCAUUGUUGCUUGUGCUAAACUUUUGAGGUCAUACUCACAUUGCCUAGGUGAUCCUCGCGCUGCACUUAACUGAUAUGGUCUGUUCAAUUCAAUGAUCUGUACAUCCGAGAUCAGAUGGACGCUCGCGGCUCGCUCCUGCAGGUUCUGUUGCAUGUGUUUGGUUUGUUGUGUGCUUCCGUGGCUAGCUUGCCUGGGUUGCUGGCUAGCUGCUUAAUCAUGGAAGGAAAAAUUCAGGCGGUGUUGGUCGUCCAUCAAUGGUCUCUCACUGCUACUAUUGUGUGUUUGUUGUGUCAGGUGCGAGCUUGUGGUGGCUCUCACCUUUUAUUUGUGGCUUUCAAAUAAGAAGCAGGAUAGUUCUUGCCUGCUCGCGCCGGUAUGUGUGCAGAAGUUUGGCUUGCGAUUGUGGGUGCCUCUUAGUUGUGUGUUUGUGUACCUAGAGUGCUUGACUAAGCAGCAUCUGUUUGCGCCUGCGUGCAUCUACAUGCUCCCUUGUGUGGUUUGAGAGCUGUGUGGGCUUGCUACUGGUUGUGUGAGUGUUUGUUAUAUGCUUUCAAAAAAAAAACAGCUUGUAAUAAUACCAAAAAAAUGGCUUUCAGUUUUUUGCUGUGCAGUGAUCAAUUGUAAUAUUCUCAGUGUUUGUACUUUAUAUUAUCGUGGAACCUUACGACAACAAUUAAACGUGCUCU